GAACAGUUUGUACACUAACCGCAUGUUUCAUCCAGGCCAACACAUCGAUUACAUUUUGGCCGUAUUUUCUUUUUUAUCCAUGUUUGCUCGAGCAGGAUCUCUAUCCAGGGUGGCAUGGACCGGCUGCCGAAGGUCAUUUUCGCCAGCUUGACUGAUACAUUACCUUGCUCGUUGAAUACGAUUAAUAAAACAUCAACAAACUAUUAUAUAAUAAACCUUUCACCCAAUUAUACGUACCGUUAGUAAUCGUUCUCUGUUGUUAACUUCGCCUCUCGCAACAUUACCGUAACGCAGCUUUACCUUGCUGAAAAAAUGGGAAAUUUUACAUCCUCGACAUCUGUGGCCGGUUCAUCAUGUGUACAGUAUGUUCAGGAGAUGGUGUCACAGAACUGUGUUGUGAUAUUUUCCAAGUCCACCUGUCCUUAUUGCAAAAUGGCCAAGAAUGUGUUCAAUGAAAUUGGUGCGACCUACAAAGUGAUUGAACUGGAUGAGCACAAUGAUGGGAGGAGAAUGCAAGAGGCCUUAGCUCAGAUGACCGGUGCCAGAACGGUGCCGAGAGUCUUCAUUAACGGAAACUGCAUCGGGGGUGGCUCUGAUACCAAACAACUCCAUCAGCAGGGGAAGUUAUGGCCCCUGAUCGAGCAGUGUGCUCCCUGUUGCGCUUCCAGCUCCGACGGCUCGGGUAGCGGACAGUUUGAGUCAGCCAAAUGACUAACCGUUCUUGUAGUUUUUUUCAAUACGGUGUUUAUGAAACAUCUACUUGAUCUCGUGUUGCAAGUUCAACAUUGCUUGAGCAUGACUAUGUUAUAUAUUUAUCAAAGUGCAUUGAAUGUUAGGUUACAUACCUUUUCAUACAGGGAUGUACAGUAUUAGUGUUAUUAUUAAAGCUGCCAUAUUUAAAACAAAAACUGAACAGUCGAGACGAUUUCUCUCAUUUAAAGAACAAUAUCACAGUUAUAAAAACAAGAUCUCUCUCAGCAUCAUCAACACACUGUGAACAUCAUUGGUAUGUGAGGUAUUGACAGUUUGAUUCAAUUGAGGUCAUUCUUCAUAUGUUGUACGAUUAAUGUAGCUUGUCAUUUUGUUAUGAUUAGCACAUCAACUUGUAAAUGUAUUUAAACAUCCAAUGUGAAAAACAUUAUGAUUUUGUAAAACAUUUUUUACCUAGCCGUCGAAGCAUUUUAAAAGUCUACCUGAAAUGUUAGCAGAAGCUAUGUUAUAUUCUGAAUUUCUUUGUUAAACCAUCCAUUUAACUUAUAUCAGGCUGUGGCUCAGUGGGAUAAUGCACUGAAUUUAGUGUGCUGAACUUUGAAUCAGGGGAGCACAGGUUCAAACCCCACUGCAGUCAGCAUGUCGUUGUGUCCCUGGGCAAGACACUUCACCCCAAAUUGCUCCUGUGGGUAUUGUCCACAGUAUUGAGUAUGUAAGACGCUUUGGAUAAAAGCGUCUAAUAAGUAACAUGUAAUGUAAUGUAAUAUCAGAUGAAUGAAAAGCCGAUUGAAUCAUGAUGCUGGUCCGUGUUAUGAAUACAAAUAUUUAUGGUUGUAUUUAUAACAACAACUCUGAAAUAUUUUCUAAAUGCCUGAAAUGUGUAUUUAUGAAUAUUAAAAAAUAUGAAUGAAACCA